UUUCGUUUGUGGAUCAGUUAUCUAUGUUAAAGAAAAGUAAACUGCACGUGUCUUUGUUGUUAAAUUAGCCAGCUAACGUUAGCUAUUGCGAGUACCAGAAGUAACGUUAAAUAGAAGAAAAAGACAGACACGCCAUGGGAGAAAAUACCAAAGGAGCUGGGGACCCCAGUUGGGUGUUUAUCGAACUAAGGAAGCGGUUGCAAAGUGGUCUUCUUGUUCUCCGGAGAGAUGUGGCUACGAGCUAUGCAGAGGUGAGCGUUACAGGAGGAGAUUCGUCCCUCCACAUCCGGACUCCUCGGGGCCUGCUAAUCGUGGAGCUGCCAGCAGGGGUCAGCCUCGUGGAGGGCUCCUGCAGGGAGGCACCUGGAACAGGAGACGAGAUACACUUCAGAAUGCGCCUCAAUGUGGACCAGCACACAGAUGACACAGAGGCCCUGGGGAGUGUGAUGGAGAGGCUGCUGGUCCAAGAGAGUUAUUGCUUCCACUGCCAGUCCUGUGGGACCAGGGUGCUGGAGGAGAGGGUGUUCAAGCGAGUGCUCCCUCUCCCCAACGGCAACUGGAGCUCUCUGGUGGAUGACUGGUGCUGCCACCCGGACCCCUUUGCCAACCUGAAGCUGCUGCCCCGAGCGGAGGACUGUUUACUGGGCGACACUCACCUCCUUGUGCACCGGGAUAGAGGCUGUGAGGAGACUCUCACCCAGGAGCUCAGCCCCAGGCCCAUCACCAACAAAAUGGCUGAUGGUCAAAAUCAGGACACACAGAAACCCAACCGCAGGCGUACACUGAUCUCCUGUAAGAGCUGUACAGCCGGCCUGGGAGAGGCUGUGGCACCAGGGACCCUGAAACUCUACAUCACAGAGGUGACAGUGAGACCCAGUGUGGGAGACAGCCAGUUUGAUACCUCCCUAGACAGGUCACUGUUUCUGGAACAGACCAUAGCUGCCAGACUGGUGGAGCUGUCCUCCUCCCAGAGCAUGUUUCGUUUCUCUAUCCAGACCCCAGAUGGAAAAGCCUUCAUAUUGCUCUGGCUCCUGAACAGUGACUCCCUCAUCGUCUCUCUCUCUGCCACUAUGUCAUCGACUGUCAGAGGUGAUGCUGUCCCCUCUCCCAGCCACCGCCAGUGUUCUGAGCAUCAAUCACCCACUAAGGCUGGCAGCGCCGUCAAAGUCCUCUAUCUCCCCUGUUCUCCCUCUGCCAGCACUGGGAACACACACCAAGAUGUUGUAGACACCUGGGAGAAGGACAUCGGUGUCCACCCCGUAGACCUGCCCCAGACCACGUGCCAGGAGCUGUUGUCGGUGCUGACAGCCAGUACUUCCUGUCUCCCUCUGUCGCUGCAUUCCAUGAACUCCUACCAGGUGGCGUACAUGAGACUCUAAUGUCAGAGGUCAAGAGCCAUGGAUCCACGCAUCUUUCCUAGAGGGAGGACCGGCAGAAGAAGCACUGCAACACUAGAGUACAGUGACUCAUCUGCCUUCGGCUGUGUUCAAGAGGCACGUAAUGGAAAACCAGGUUUCGAGCAUUUUCCAAAAAGAACGCUCAUUCCGUUAUACGUUUUGAAUAGGUUUAUUCAUUUUGGUCCUACUGAACAUGACCCUGAAAGCUGCUGUAAUGCAGACCAUGUAAAAAGACUUGUAACUAAUCAUUCCAUUGGAAUGUCUGAGUUAUUGAUGACCUGCCCAGAUUAAAUAGUGACUCUGACUAACA